GCGUUCCAGCCGGAUGUUGGCAGGCAGCGACAUAAAAAAGUGGAGCCGGGAAUAGAGGCGGCAAGGACGGAAGAGGAGCUCCACUACAACGGAAGAGGACCUCCACGACACUACGCGGAGAGCCGGGGGGGGGACAGCACCUCCAAAACCGCCAUGGACAACUAAACAUAUCACGGUUGUGUCUGGGAAGGCUCCGGCAUUUGGACUAAGGAGGGCCGCGGUGUAGUCACGUUAAUGGUGGAUCAUCGCGGUGCCUUCCCGCCGCACACUGGAACCUUUUGUUCGCCUGUUCUCCCCCCAUGUACGCCCCCGGACUCCCCGGGCGUGCUGCGUGCAGGUCCCGCCACAUGGACGCAUAGCAGCGGCGGCGGUGGAGCUGGUGGAACAUUAUCGUCAUCUUCAGUCAUGUUCGCGGUGCGCAUCGUCACCGCCGACUACUACCUGGCCAGUCCGCUCCCGCAGCUGGACGUGGGCUACUCCGAGUUCCGGGGCAGCGACGUCCAGAAGGUGCCGGUGGUGCGAGUGUUCGGAGCCACGCCUGCAGGCCAGAAAACGUGCCUCCACCUUCACGGCGUGUUCCCGUACAUCUACAUUCCAUUUGACGGCUAUGGGCAGCAACCAGAGCGCUACCUGCGUCAGGUGGCCUUCAGCAUCGACCGAGCCCUCAACGUUGCCAUGGGCAACCCUACCUCCAAUACCCAGCACGUCUUCAAGGUGGUAUUGGUCUCUGGCAUGCCUUUCUAUGGCUACCACUCCAAAGAGAAGCACUUUAUGAAGAUCUAUCUGUACAAUCCUCAGAUGGUCAAAAGGGUGUGUGAGCUGCUGCAGAGCGGGGCGGUCCUGAACAAGAUCUACCAGCCUCACGAGGGCCACAUCCCUUACCUGCUGCAGCUCUUCAUGGACUACAACCUGUACGGCAUGAACCUGCUCAGCCUGGCGGCCGUCAAGUUCCGCAGGAGCCACAACAAAGAUGAGGUGUCAGCAGCCCCAGACAGGCAGACUCCCAGCAGUCCUUUCACGGCCAACAGUCCCUCCACGUCCAAACUCAACCACAGCGCCCUGGGGAGUACCUUUGUACGCUGGGAGGAGGACGCCAUCCCUUGCUCCCUGGUGCUGGAGGAGGUGCAGAGGCAGAGCACCUGUGAGCUAGAGGUGGAUGCGGUCGCCGUGGACGUCCUCAACCGUCUGGAGAUUGAGAAUCAGAUUGGACGGAACCCCGGUCUACAAGCCAUUUGGGAGGAUGAGAAGCAGCGGAGGAGAGAAAAGAACAAGGACUCACAGCUAGAAACCCCAGAGUCACAAGAUCGAGAGUUCGUCUCUCCCACUGAGAGUGAGCAGCUCUUCAUGAACAAACUGAGGGAGAUUCUGAGGGAGAAUGACUUUGAUGUGUAAGUGACAUUUUAUGUCUCUUGUUUUGUCCUCCUUUCUGUCCAAUACCACAUGAAAGCGAUGGGUUGGACUUUUAUUUUGUUAGCGCAGGCAGGAUGGAGAAGUAUGUUUUAUUGUGAAGGCAGCAAACGUGCAGUCGGUCUUUGGAGUUUUGACGGCAGGUACGGCGCGAGAGUGUUGAAAUAAAAAGUGGUUUUGGCCGUCCUUUUUCAAGGUUAUAGUUGAUUUUCAACAUUAAAGCUGAUUUUCAAGGUAAAAGCUGAU